GUGCCGCCUAUGACAUGCAUGGCCCACCUGGCGUUCUCUCUCUAGUCUGUCCCUCGCUGCGAGGUCAGCUAAGUGCGAACUCCCAACUCCCCUACCACCCGGUGGCGCCGCCGCCGCCGCCACCAACCUCUCGCCGCCUCCUGCAGCCCAGCGCUCUUCCCACAACAAAUUAACAAGGCGCCGGCCUUGCUCGUCGCGAACUCGGCAAGUUGGUCUGGACAGCGAGCGAGCUGUAUGGGAGUCGAAGCGAGCCCGGAACCGGAAGAUAGUCUCGCGGCGAGGAGGAGGCGGAGGAGCAAUGACCUGGGCGCGGACGCAGCUGUCCACGCGGCUGAUGAACGUCUGCCUCGCGGCGCUCUGCCGCGGCGGCGGCAUCGCCCGGGCAGAGUCCGUCCUCGUGGACGCCAUCCGCCUCGGCAUGCCCCCCGACGUCGUCACCUACAACACCCUCCUCGCCGCGCACUGCCGCGCCUCGGGCCUCGACGCGGGGUUCGCCGUCCUCCACCGGAUGCGGGAGGCCGGGGUGAGCCCCGACGCCAUCACCUACAACUCCCUCAUCGCCGGCGCCGCGCGGAGGGGGCUCACGAUGCGCGCCCUCGACCUGUUCGACGAAAUGCUGCAGGCGGGGGUCGCCCCCGACGCCUGGAGCUACAACGCGCUCAUGCACUGCCUGUUCCGGUCUGGCCACCCGGAGGAUGCCUACCGGGUGUUUGCCGAUAUGGCCGAGAAAGGCGUCGCACCGUGCGCCACCACCUACAACACACUCCUGGACGGGCUCUUCAGGUUUGGUCAUGCGACGAACGCGUACAGGAUGUUCAGGUACCUGCAGAGGACGGGGCUCCCGGUGGGCAUCGUGACUUACAACACUAUGAUCAAUGGGCUGUGCAAGUCAGGCAAGGUGGGGUACGCCCGCAUGGUUCUAAGGGAGCUUGGGAGGACCGAGCAUGCCCCGAACGUCGUCACUUACACCACGGUCAUGAAGUGCUGCUUUAAGUAUGGCAGGUUUGAUCAGGGGCUGGAGACCUUCUUGUCGUUGCUGGAGGGAGGGUACAUUCCAGAUCUCUUCCCAUACUGCACGGUGAUUAGUGCGUUAGUCAAGAAGGGAAGGAUGGAAGAAGCAAACACCUACAGUGAGCUAAUGAUACGGAGUGGGUUCAGGCUUGACAGUGCAUGCUAUAAUACGCUGAUUUACCUGCGGUGCAAGGAAGGAAAGCUGGAUGACGCGUUUGAGCUGCUGAGUAUGAUGGAAGAGGGCGGUCUGGAGAGUGAUGAGUACACAUUCUCAAUUUUGGUUAAUGGUUUGUGCAAGAUGGGGCAUUUCGAGGCUGCACAUAAGCAGUUAUGUUACAUGGAGAUAAGGGACAUGGAAUCAAAUGUUAUUGCUUACAAUUGCUUGGUGGAUGCACUCUGCAAAUCUGAUGAGGUGGAUGCUGCCAUCAAAUUACUGCACAACAUGAAACUCAAGGAUGAUUUUACUUACACCUCACUAGUCCAUGGUCUAUGUAAGGUUGGUAGGUAUCAUAUGGCAUCCAAAUUCUUGCGGAUCUGCUUGCGUGAAGGGAACAGCAUUCUUGCAUCUGCAAAGCGUGCUGUCAUUGCUGGCCUUCGUAGUGCAGGUUUUCAGAAUGACGUGAGGAAAGUUCGGGCAGCAUUACGUAUGGCUAGGCUGUUAAAACCAUAAUCCAAGGAAAACAGUCUGCAACUUCAUUGGGUGGUCCUGCAGAAUCGAGAAGAUCAAUUGAGAAGACAAAUUGAAAUUCGGAGAUGAUCCUGCAUUAGAUGAAUGUCAAACAUCCAGUUCGUGUGGCAUAAACUGGAGGAUGGAAAGUAGGAUCAUGCUAUUGUUGACGGGUGUUACUGUUAUACAUCAGCUCUUGGAGAUACCAUAUUGGCUGGCAAUGUUGCAGUAUGUAAUCAGCAUUGUCACCCUUAGAACCAAGCGUCAUUUGAAAUUAUACAGCAGGAGAAGAUGCAACAUGUGACCACUAGAGUGGUCAUGAUGCCAGCACAGUAUACGCAGGAAGUGAUCUCUGCCUGGUCCACGCAUCACCUUGGAUGUGAAUAUUAUUUGGAUGGCGCUGAUAAAAUCCAUGUGAUCAUUAGCAUCCCAAAGUUUCAAUAGAGGUGAUCGGUGUGAUGAUUUGAUCAGGAUCCUGUUGCACCAGACAUGAUGCGCACACUGCAGUAUAAGAUCACAAAAUGCAAAUAUUGGUACUUAGUACACAACAGUCGGUUUGUUCAUCUUUUUUGCUUCUUUGUUUAAUUCUUGUGAAGUGGCAGAAAAAUAAUCUUUUUUGGGAAACAUCAUGUAACAGCAUUAACCCGUUGGAAGAAAAUAUGUAUGCCAAUGAAAGAAACAUUAACAACA